AUCCUCUCUGUUUGCCUUGCCUCGCCUCGCCUCGCGUCGCGUUGUGUACGUAUCUUUGUUGCACAGGAGUGCUGUUGUAACACGCGUACACGAAUUUUUACUUCGAGCCUGACAGAUCUAGCGUGUAAAGCGCGUACAAAAAGACCAAUAUAAAAGCUGCAUCGGCGGUAUAGACGGACGAAGGAGAAAGACAGAGAGGAUUGCGUUGACCAAGUAAAUCGCGUGAAACUCUAGUGGAAAUGUCGACCGAAAAUCAAAACGGUUCUGCCGCCGGCGCUCAGAGCAAUGGCAUAAAGACUUCGAUCAGCAUGUCGUCGUCUACGCGAUCUGCAUCGAACAAUUCGUCGUUUUUGUGCAGCAGCAAUUCGAUGCUGAAUCGUGAUAAACCGCGUCAAGUGCCUCCACCAACGUUGCCAAAAUACACGUCCAGCUUCAACGCCGGUUCCAACGGCAGCGGCACGGCCGAACGAUUGAACAGAGAUCGCGAAGUCGGUGGUAGUUACAGGCUGGCGAGCCUCGACAGGCUUGCCCUCAGGCAGAGGAUACUAGACGGGGAAAAGGCGAACGGCGACACCACGUCGAUACAGGCGAAGCGCGAGCUGUUCUUCAAAGGCGACAACCCUGGAAUAAUAUCGUCGCCGUCUGUGCCGUCGGUACCGCCACCUCAGCCGCCGUCACAGGCACCGUCGUCGGUGAGCACGACGUCAUCGACGACGACGACGACUACGACGACCACGACCCUCGCCUCGCCCAACACAGCGCCACCUGCUUCCUCGACCGCGUACACCAGCGUCACGUCUUCGGCGCCUACCUCCAAGUCACGAUUACCCCCGACUACGGUGAUCUUGAACCAAAACGAUGCGUCGGAAGAUAGCAAUAAACGGGAGUCCAGCAGGACCAACGAUACCAACAAAGAGGCCACUGUGCUGCAUUAUCCGUGGCCAACGCCGCCGACCAAACCCAAAGAACUCGACGGAUACGUCGGGUUCGCGAACCUACCCAACCAAGUUUACAGAAAAGCCGUGAAGAAGGGUUUCGAUUUCACUCUCAUGGUUGUCGGGGAGUCGGGACUAGGCAAAUCGACAUUGAUCAAUUCGAUGUUUCUCGCUGAUAUAUACAGUGCCGAGUACCCUGGACCUAGCCUUAGGGUUAAGAAAACUGUAGCCGUAGAAACUAGCAAAGUGUUGUUAAAGGAGAACGGUGUGAAUCUUACCUUGACUGUCGUUGAUACGCCCGGUUUUGGCGACGCAGUCGACAACAGCAAUUGUUGGGUACCAGUAAUUGAGUAUAUCGAAUCAAAAUACGAGGAGUUCCUAAAUGCCGAGUCUCGUGUAGUGAGAAGGCAGAUACCAGACAGUCGAGUACAUUGCUGUCUUUACUUUGUUGCACCAUCUGGCCAUGGACUAAAACCGCUGGACGUUGAGUUCAUGCAACGUCUUCAUGAUAAAGUUAAUAUCAUACCUGUAAUCGCGAAAGCAGACACCAUGACACCAGACGAAUGUGCUCACUUCAAGAAACAGAUUUUGAACGAGAUAGCGCAACACAAAAUAAAAAUCUACGAGUUUCCAGAGGUUGAGGAAGAGGAGGAAAGUAAACUGCAUAAAGUUCUCAGAGACAGAGUGCCGUUUGCGGUAGUGGGCGCAAAUACUGUUGUCGAACACGACGGUAGGAAAGUUCGCGGUAGAAAGUACCCUUGGGGAAUCGCGGAAGUGGAGAAUUUGGAGCAUUGCGAUUUCAUUGCCCUUCGAAACAUGGUAAUCAGAACGCAUUUGCAAGAUUUGAAAGACGUGACAAAUAACGUGCAUUAUGAGAAUUUCCGAUGUCGCACGUUAGCGGGUGUCGGGGUGGAUGGAAAACCAACAAAAGUCUUGAAUAGUUUGUGCCCCCCAGGAGUGAUGAACAGUUUCAUGACAGUGUGGAAUCCCCUGGCUCAGUUGGAAGAGGAGAAGAGGGAACACGAGAAUAAAAUGAAAAAGAUGGAGAUUGACAUGGAGCAAGUGUUUGAAAUGAAAGUUCGGGAGAAAAAACAAAAACUGAAGGAUUCGGAGGCAGACUUGCAAAGAAGACACGAACAGAUGCGACGCUCUUUGGAGCAACAAGUGCGCGAACUGGAUGAAAAGAGACGCGCGUUCGAGGCUGAGAAACUAACAUGGGAACAACAAACUGGACAGAGUAUCGAAGAAUUACGUAGACGCAGUCUGGAGGCGAAUUCAAAAGAGGCCGUCGAUGGUAAGGAUAAGAAGAACAAGAAGAAAGGACUUUUCUAACUCGACUCACGACAGGCAACAUGUGGAGCAAACUUUUCUUAGUCAACAGCAAUUUUUUAUGCAGGCGAUCGUACGAAAGAUAAGAUCAUUCCUAUAAAAACAAUCGAGAGAGUGAGAGAGAGGGAGAGAGAGAGAGAGAGUGAGAGCGCGCGCGAGAGAGAGAGAGAAUGAAAAACAAUAUUUUCCAAUGAUUAAAUUUGUUAAUAAUCUACCAAACUACCGUGCAUCUAAUUUUUACAUUUUAGCAUACAAAAUUUCAAUUCAAUCAAUAUUGUCAGAUAUUGGUACACACGAUUCAACAUUAAAUUCGAAACUCAUUACGGACAAAGUGUAAUUCAAACGAUUUAUUAACGCAUUAAAAGACAAGGAAUGAAUAUAUAAACCACAAGAGUUGUGAUGUACACGUUGUAUAUCGUUCUAUGUUUAUACGAUUUUCUCGAUUUAAAGGCAUAACGUUAUUCUUUCAGGAGUGAAAUGAAGGAACGUUUCUUCUAUCUUGUUCGCCUAUGCUUUUUUGCGCUUCCUAUUAUUACUACUCAAGAAAGAUCAUACUAGCAUAAUUCAACUUAUGAUAGUGUACAAAAUGUAGACAUAGUUUCGCAAGACGUAACUUUUUUUUUUAACAAGAGUUAUCCAAGAAAAGAUAUUAAUAGAGAAAAAUAAGAAUAUCAUACCGAUACGUGAAUUUUCUUUUCUUAAUUGUACACGUUUUCGUAUCGACUCUUGUCUCUUUGAUAUUAAUACCGAUACCCUCAAUGUCGUUAUCGUAUGUCAUCCUAUUUAAUUUAUACUUGAUAUUUACAUUGAUGUUUUCAAUAUCACGAGUACGUUGAUAACCGUACAAUACUAAUACGAACAACAAAAUCUUGAAAACAAGUCGGUUUUGUAAAAGAACUAGGUAAAACGAUGGGACAAUGUUUGUCGCUUUUAUACAAUCGUAUGUAACAUACAUAACCAGAGUAACAAGCUCAGUCGAUCAUAAAUUCGAAUACCGUUGCCAAAUCAUUUCAUCGAAGCGGGGGGAAACUCUUUUUACGAAAACUGCGCGUAAAGUCGAAACAUGCGAUGCGUCAUCCAACGUAAUAUAGUCAUUAAAAGUUGCUCUGCGUCCAGAGAUUGAAUAAAAGAUCACAUCAAUGUCUAAAUAUAUAUAUUCGUAUUAUUUGGAACAAUUAAAAAAAUGGUACAUUUAAAUGUAAACGAUACUUGUCCUAAGGAAAUUAAUUGUACAAAGGAAACUUUUGCACUAAUUAUUAUCUACUAUUUAGUAUUCAUUGUAAUGCUUAAUAACGGAUUAUCGAAUUUGGUGGCAUCCGGAGACUUUCUAAUACGUGGAAAUAAUACUACAGAGUGUCGCUCGUAAUUGAUCAUUUCGUUUAUCGACAAACUCAUCAUUCUGCGACAGAAAGUUAAAUGUGAUUUUAAAGUAAAA